UGAGUGCGGAGAGCGCAUGAGAGAGCGCGGUGCUGAGGGGGAGAGCGGCGGAAUUGGGUCUCCGCUUGUAUUUUGAUCCUCGGAGCUGUGUCAAUCGGAUCUCUCAUAGAGCUGCACUUCAAACCCCAAGUUACAGACUCAAACUAGGCUCUUUCUUCGCAUUAAGACGCAUUUUCCGUCGUGUGUAAAAGGGUUGAUCUGAGGACACACGGCUGAGAUGACAAAGCUGUGACAGUGCCUCCUGAAGUGCGUUUUGGACAAGUUUGUGUGCUAUGGCGACUGCAAAGAAGAGUUGUGCGAAAACCGGAGGGGUGCGUUUUUCAGAGGAACACCACCAUCCUCACCACCAUGCAGCCCAUGCCUCUUCACACGUGCACUUCGAUGAAAAACUACACGACUCAGUUGUCAUGGUGAUGCCAGAGGAUGAUGGGAACUUCAUGGUCAAGGUUGGUUUCUUAAAGACACAGCACAAAUAUGAAAUCAUCUUCACGUUGCCGGAGGUUCCAGCUUUGGGGAAAAACGUGUGCCCCGCCCCUGUUCCGAGCCCACAUAUGCGGAUCACAGACCUCACGCCUCUGCCUGAAGGGGGUCUUAGGGUGACCUGCGAGUACAUGGCCCAGGAGGAGGGUGUUCUGUGUGAGGAGGUGCUGCUGCUCAGUGAGACCAACGAGGAUGUGUGCAUCAAGGUCAAAGUUCAUGCCAGAGUUAUGGACCGGCACCACGGGACACCCAUGCUUUUGGAAGGUGUGCGAUGCAUCGGGGUGGAGCUCGAGUACGACUCCGAACAGAGUGACUGGCAAGGAUUUGACGAAUGACAAUCUCCUCUUAACAAAAGUUAACAUAAACAUAAACCUGUGGAACAACUUUCUCUUUAAAAUGCUGUUUACAACCAUUUUAAGGCGGCAUAAUUGUUAGGACUUUUCACUUCACUUAUUUGCUAAACCAAAAGUACUGUUUAAGGGACAUUAUCUCCCAUCUUCUCCACGUGCUGUUCCAAAUUCAAUGUGCUUUGCUUCCUUGAACCCUAGAGGGCAGCAGUGCUUUUUGCAUACACGCAGCUCGACUGUUACUGCACUUGCAAUUCAAGUUCAAACGUAUGAAUGACAGGCAGUGGUAACGUUGUAUAGUAAUUACACUUUAAUUAACCUUAAUAAAAUGCAAAAUUUUCAUAAUGAACAUAUUGUUUUUUAGGCUUAGUAACUACUUAAUACCCCAAUCUCUUACUUAAGUAGUUACUAAACCCCAAUAAUUAUUUAUAAACUAUUUACUCCUUAUGUAUUAAAGCUUUGUUCAUGUUUAUUAAGGAUAAAUAAGGUGUAGUUAUUAUGAAGUGAUACCCAAGCAUUUAAGGUUAGAGAAUAUUUUCAAGGAACAAUAUAUUCAAGACUUGUAUUGGGGAGUUUUAACAGUCCAAUUGUCCAAAAUAGACCAUUAUUGGCACUAUAGAAGGCUUUAAGAAAAUUUAAUUGGGACAAAACUGUUUUUAGUUUGCUCACUUUCUAAGUUAUAGUAUCUUUUAAUUAUGGUUAGGUGUGUCCUGAAUGAAUUUAACUGCAUAGUAAAAAGGUGAAAAACUAGAUGAUAGGGUCAGUACAUUUUUAUACAAGUACAAGAGCGGUUAUGAUGCCAAAGGAACUUUUUAUUGGUGCUAGAUGGAUUAAAUACAAAUAAGCAUUUUUAGUAUUACAUUAAUAUAGUUACUGGCACAGAUCUGGCAUAACUUAAUGAGCUUUGGCAGGUGAAGCAAGUUUAACAAUGUUAGCAAAGAAAUGGAGAAACUGCAGUAGCGCAUCUCCCAAACCUCUGCAGUGGUCAAUGUCUUUUUGAUUUUACUACUUGAUUUUACUUCUCAUGUACUCUCAAAGUUUUGAUAUGAUAAACUUUUGACAGUUUUCAAUCAGAGGUUUUCAAAAAUAUACAUAAUUUCCGUCCCUCAGUUUGACCUUACAGGUUUUUCAGAGUUGGUAAAGAGAAAAAAAAGUCUUUCAUGAAGCCUUCACAAAAAGUGCCUUUCAUCAAAGCCAAUUGUCUUUGUUGACAUUGUUGUAGUAAUAUUUUCCUUUGCUUCACUUUUAUCAUUCUCAUUUUCUCACAAAUAUAAAUAAAUCUGGUAUCAAAUUUUUCUGUUCAGUUUUACAUCAAAAGUGCCAAGAAUCUGUUUGUGUGAACUGUCCUAACAUAUUUUUCUUUGGCUUUGUUUGCGACACACUUUGAAGUAAAAAAUAAGUCUUCUAUGUAGAUUUGUUCUGAUGUUUGCUUAGUUGUAAUAGGCCAGAUUUCAAUGUGUCCCAACUAAAGUGCUAUAGGAACGUAGUGGUUUAUUUGUUCUUUGUUGAGUGUGGUUUGAAUUUUUAAUGUUGAAAAUGAAUAAAAUUGUGUUUUGACUUUG